AUGCCUGGAGCCAUGAGAGUCUUUUUCUUAACUUUUGCUGCUCUCAUUCUUCUUGCUCAAAUUCUACCAGCCAGGGGAGGAAUUCAAAGACAAGCAUUUUGUAAAAACUUGCAAGGUCGCUGUGAAGCUGAAUGCCUCACUUUUGAAGACCAGAUUGGGGGCUGCAGAGCUGAAUCAGCACCAUUUUGCUGCAAAAGAAAUAAACAUUAG